CUAGUACUCCAAGUUUCCAGUUAUUUUCAUACGUGAAUGAUCAAUCCACUGAGAAUAUUAUCUCAGUAAUUCGCAUAAAAAUAGAGAUCUUAACACUCAUAACACAGCCUAGCAAGGCUUGUCGACUUACCCCUGAGCCCAUGAUUUUGAGUAAUCGCGCAUCCAUCAAGCUGUGUCCAAUUCUGUGGGAGAUUGAUAUCAACGCAUGGCAGGUCAAUAUGGAAAUCAUUUGGCAGCUCCUUCUCCUUCCCCUUCUUAUCCUCCUCGGUGAUAUUAUCCGGCAGCUCCUGAAAUCCAAAGAGGGAACGAGAAAAGAAAGCUUAGAUUUGGAAAACCUGACUCCCUAUCCUGUCGAACAAAUCAAGGGUAGGGCCACGUAUCGCACCAACAUGGGCCUCAAGCGCCUUGAUCAACACAACUGGUUGACUAUCGACAAGAACUAUAUCGAGCAGCACAAGUUGCGUGAUGUCCUUUUUCGGACUCAAAGAAGCAAAGUGUUCCAAUGUCUCCCCGAAGCCCGGCAUGCGUGUGAGGAAUUGCUGAAUGAAGUCGCGACAUAUCUAUGCGGUCGUUAUCCGGCAAUAUUUGCACUAGAAAAUGAUGCAGUAAGGAUCACAAAAACCGGCGAGGUGUUCUGCCUCCGGGAUCCUACCAAUGGCUUAGAGCCGCUCGAGGUUGCAGCUCGACUUGCGAUGGAAGACUUCAGCAUUGUUUUGGAGAAUGACAGCGGACAGAGCUACCUCGCCGCAACUGCCAGCCUAUUCCCAGUUGGAUGGUGUGCCAAGGAGCGAAUAGGAUAUACCAUUGCUCAAAUGCAUGGGCCUGUCCCUCUAUGGCAUAAGGAAAUUGAAUUUUCUGUCAAUAAAUUCUUAUCACGGCUAGCAGUUGACUCGCCUAUGGAGCGGUCAAGCUACUUUAUUCAGGUAACUAAACCCGGUGAAUCAUUGAGUUCGAUCCUUUUCCAGCCCGUUGGGCUAGGCCACAAAGAUGUCACACCGCGCGCAAAGGAUAUUCUUAUUCGUCGCGAAAGACAGACGUUUCGAAGAUUAUCCAAGUCCAGGGCCAUAGUGUUUGGAGUCAAAACUAGUCUAACGCGCCUUCAGGAGCUGCCGUUAGAAGAAUUGAAAAACCUUGUGACGGAAAUAAAAAGUUGGCCAGAUGCUAUAGGGAAAUAUAAGGGGAGGGAUCAUUGGGGGUCUGCUGUGAUUGAGUGGAUGGAAACAAGGGAGGGAGCAAAAUAGCUGUAGCCAAAAGAAAUAAAAGCUACAACGGGGUUUCAGCAUGAUGCAAAGAGUUUAUAUCUGCAUUAUCAUCACAUGUUCCAGUGUUAGAAAGCCCAGUGAAGCAUUUUUGAUUCUUGUGAUAUGAUUAACAACUAUUCUGUCUGGAGAGAUGAGGUUGGAUUUGCCUGGAAAGACGUGUCACGUGCCCCAGAACCUAUAGAAUGAGAGGGGAAAAAAGAAGAAUUACUAUAAGAAAUGAAAA